UCCUACUUUCCAUAGAAAGAGGCGGUCUUCGCCGGCUCCUGGGGUUCCUCCGCCUCGAGCUGCUGGAUUUGAGGUGUGGGGAGCACCGAGUGUCUGCUGAAGCAGCAGGAUCAGAAUGAGUGCCACAGAGUACCUUCCGAAGAUUGAUGAGGAACUGUACUCCCGCCAGCUCUAUGUGCUGGGCCAUGAGGCCAUGCAGAAGAUGGCUACAGCUGCGGUGCUGGUUUCUGGAAUGACGGGGCUGGGGGUUGAGAUUGCCAAGAAUGUGAUUCUUGCUGGUGUGAAAUCUGUCACUCUCCAUGACCAGAAUGAUGCUCAGUGGAGCGAUCUGUCCUCACAGUUCUACCUGUCAGAGAAUGAUGUGGGGCGAAACCGAGCUGAGGUUUCCCAGCACCAUCUUGCCAAGUUAAACAGCAAUGUUGCUGUGAUGUACCACACCGGUGGGCUGUCGGAGGACUUCUUGGCUGCUUUCCAGGUUGUGGUCCUGACCAACUCAUCCUUGGAGGAGCAGCUGUGUAUCAGUGACUUCUGCCAUGCCAAGAACAUUUGCUUUGUCCUAGCGAACACAAAGGGCCUGGCUGGACAGGUUUUCUGUGACUUUGGAGAAAACUUUGAGGUAUAUGAUCCUUCAGAAGCUGACCCUGUGUCUGCUGCCAUUGAACACAUCACUUUGGGUAAUCCUGGCAUAUUGACUGUGGCCCAUGAUGAUAAGCAGGGACAUUGCUUUAUGGAUGGUGACCGGGUGAUGUUCUCUGAGAUUGAGGGGAUGACGGAACUGAAUGGUUCUAAGCCCCGCCAGAUUUGUGUGAAAGGAAAAUAUACCCUGGAUGUUGGAGACACGUCUUCCUUUUCUCCAUACCAGCGUGGUGGAAUCAUCACUCAGGUCAAGAUGCCUCAAAGACACUCCUUUAAUUCCCUGCGAGCCUGCAUGGAUGAUCCUAAGAUCAAGACCCCAGACAGGAAUAAAAUAUUUCGUUAUCGCACCCUUCAUGCAGCCUUCCAGGCACUUCACAAUUUCAAGAAUAGGUUUGGUCAACUUCCUAGGCCUCAGAAUCGGGCAGAUGCAGACAGGUUGGUAGAGCUGGUGGAGACCCUUGCUGUGGAUCAGGAGCUGUUGCAAAAGGAUCUGAUACGGACGUUUGCGUAUGGCUGCAUGGGGGAUCUGAGCCCUGUGAAUAGCUUUAUUGGAGGCCUCGCUGCCCAGGAAGUGCUAAAGGCUGUCUCUGGGAAGUUCACCCCUUUGGAUCAGUGGCUGUACUUUGAUGCCUAUGAAUGCCUGCCUGAAGAGGAGCAGCUGACAGAGGAAAACUGUGCCCCAUGUGGUGGUCGCUACGAUGGGCAAGUUGCUGUCUUUGGGGCCGACUUCCAAAAACAGCUUGGGAAGCAGAAGUAUUUCCUGGUAGGAGCAGGUGCGAUUGGCUGUGAGCUUUUGAAGAAUUUUGCAAUGCUUGGCUUGGCUGCUGGCGAGGGUGGGAAGAUCACUGUGACAGACAUGGACAUCAUUGAAAAGUCCAACCUCAACAGGCAGUUCCUAUUUCGACCCCAAGAUGUAUCUAAGCAGAAGUCAGAAGUGGCUGCAACUGCCAUAAGACUUAUGAAUCCCAAUAUCAAUGUGGCAGCUCAGCAGAAUCAGGUUGGGCCUGACACAGAAUACUUCUAUGGGGAUGACUUCUUCCUGAGCUUGGAUGGUGUAGUCAGUGCCCUGGAUAGCUUUCAAGCCCGAAAUUAUGUGGGCGAAAGAUGCAUGCACUACCUCAAGCCUCUGCUCGAUUCUGGGACACAUGGCAUCAAGGGACAUGUCCUGGUCUUUGUGCCUUAUCUGACAAAGACCUAUGAACAAGGUCAGGACUGGGAAAGCAGAGAGUUCCCUCUUUGCACCCUGCGCCAUUUUCCCAGCACCAUCCAGCACACCAUUCAGUGGGCCCGAAAUCAAUUUGAGGAUCUUUUCAAAAACAGAGCAGAGGUCACCAAUAAAUUUCUGAGGGACUCCACCUCCCUUGAGACUGAAGGCAUGGAAGCUUUGAAGAUUCUGAAUCUAGUGAAAACGAGCCUUCAGGAAAAGCCCGGCUGCUGGCAAGACUGUGUGGCCUGGGCCCGGAGACUCUGGGAGCAUCUUUUCCAUCGGGACAUCCUGCAGUUGCUGUACAACUUUCCACGUGAACACGAGACAAGCUCUGGACUUCCUUUCUGGUCACGAUCCAAGCGAUGCCCCCAGCAACUCCAUUUUGACUACAAUAAUACUACCCACAAGACCUUCAUUGUGAUUGCCAGUCGCCUUUUCGCUCAGACACAUAGGCUGCAUGUUCAUGAGGAUGAAGCUACCACCUUCCAGGUCCUCCUUGAUUUGCAUCUCCCACCCUUCCACCCAAGUCAGGGGGUGCAUAUCCCUGUUACUGAUGAAGAGAUUCCUGCACUACCAGAUCAGACAAUGCUGGUAGAGCUGAAGCAAGAAUUGGGAAAGCUAAGGCAAGAGCUUGAAAAAAACAGUGCCCUCUUCUCUGCUCAUAUGGAGCCCCUUCACUUUGACAAGGAUAUGGACUCUCAUUUGGAUUUCAUUAUACAUGCAGCCAAUCUGCGAGCCGAGAACUAUGGCAUCUCUCCAGUGGAUAAAUUCCAGGCCAAGAGGAUUGUGGGCCGGAUUGUACCUGCUAUUGCCACAACAACGGCUGCUGUAGCUGGCCUGACCUGCCUGGAGCUUUACAAACUGGUGUGGCAGCACAAGCGUCUCAGUUCCUAUCGCUACAGUUCCCUCCAGCUCUGUGAGCCCCUCCUCAAUUGCUCCCAGCCUCUGCCAUCAAUACAACAAUACAAGUAUCACCAGAAGACAUGGAGCUGCUGGGACAAUAUUACUGUGCCUGGUUUUAAUUCCAAAGGAGAAGUUGUCACCUUGAGAGACAUCUGUGAUCAUAUCCAGAGGGAGCAUAAUCUUGUGCCUCAAAGGUUGCUAUUUGGGACAGCCACUCUCUAUGAUAAGGAAAAUGAGAUAAUAGAACAACAGCCUCCGUUCAGCCUGACAGAAUUGAUUCAUCGAAUCACUGGAAAGUCAGUCUCCAAGGAGCGCCAUCUCUUGGUAUUGUCAAUGGUCUGUGAAGAUGAAGAGCUUGAUAAUGAUUUACCACCUGUUCAUAUCAGGCUUCAACCAAUGAGUAGUCAAAAAUAAGUAACUCGUGUAACGCUCAGAAGGGAAGCACUCUCGCUAAAUCAGACAGAAGCCCUGAAAGUAGCUGCUCCAAACGCGUAUUAAUACAAGAAUGUGCUUUGAUAAAGAGAUGAAGGUGAUGUGUCCUCUUCAGUGCUUCAGCUUAAAUUUGCCUGCAGGUGUUAUCCUACCCCUGAGGGCCCUGAACAGAUAAUUCAUUGGAAAUAAAUACAAAGUGCAGUCUAUAGAGCUGCUUAUUUUGCACCCUGAGUCUCACUUCUCAUUAUGUUCCUUAUCGCUUCGGUUGGGUGUGUGGCAACAUUACAUUAACCUGCUUUGUUCUGCCAGAAAGUUUAUUGAACUGGCACCCUCUGUGAGUGUUGGUCUAUGAUUUGUAGCCAGCACUGCCAAUGUUCAUGCUGGGUGGGGAUUAGGCUCAUUGUAGUCCAACACAGCUGGAAGGCCCCAGGCUAGGAAUGUCUGCCUUAAAGGAUGGGAGAUUUAAUUUUCUUAGCACUGGAAGAGAGACAUAAUCUUCAAUGUUCCAUGUCCAUUAAUAUCUCCAAUUAGAUGUGAGAGCUUGAUGGCCAUGCUAGGAGAGGUUUUGGAAAGCCUCUGCCAAUUAGAGCAGACAGCAUUGGGCUAGAUGUAGCAAUAAUCAACCAGGGCACCUUCAAGCUUUCAUCUGUCCCUGUGUUUUGAAUAACUGCAGUGGGAAGGGAGAAGUUGGGAUACUGUGAAAUAUUUGGGGGGCACUGUAUAGUGCUGGAAUUAAGGGUGAAAUCUGAGUUUAUACCUCUGGCUAUCAUCAAUUGGGCAGAAUUGCAUAAGCCACUAUCUUUUUUCUCACAAUAAGAUGGGACUGUCAUGGGGAUGAAUGAGACUUUGUAAAUCACUCACUAUGCAUGCCAAAAGGAACAUCAGAAGCUGCCUUACACAAGCACUCCAUCUAGCUCAGUACCUUGUCUAUACAGACUCUUCACAGUUUUGGGUGGAGUUCUUUCAAGCCCUACCUGCAGAUGCCAAGGAUUGAAUGGACAUCUCGCAUGCAGAAUAUGUGCUCUCCGAAUGAGCUAUGGCCUAUUCCUUGAUACACAUUGUUGCAAAUGAAGCUGAUAGUGCUCAUGGCCCUACAGGGUGUAACUACAGCCUCCCUGGUUGAUGGCCACCCAGACUUAAUGAAGGAGAACCCUUUGCUCCCACUAUUGCAGGCAGAUCCAACAGAAACUUAGGUAUUUGUAAGCAGUUGCUCCUAAAUUGCUUUGCUGUAACGUCUACCUGUUGGUUUCACUUGUUCUGCCAGCUCAGAUCCAUCUUCUGCGUGGCAGCCGUAUAGAUAUUUGGAAACUGCUACCUUGUAACUCCAUCAUCAUCUUUUGUCCCAGCUACUGAAACAUCCAGCUCUUUCAACCGUUUCUCACAACAUUUGAUUUCCAGAGAACUUUUCCGUACUGAGAGACACAUAGGAAGAGUUUGCCUCUAAUGUUAGGAACUGUUAAGAGUAACUUGGCUGGCAUUUCCAUGUUGUGAUUUGAUUUUUAAGAAAGAGUGUGAGAACUUCACUUCUGUGAAUCAUCUCAAGCAGCACCACUAAUAACAUCUGAUAAAGGUAA